AUGCAAAGCGCUUGGGGUUACGAAUUCGAAUGGACGGAGGAUCAUCUCACUCCCGAGCAAAUACAUCGCUUAAAACACUCUUAUGAUGUGCUUGGGGAAGAGUGCCUCGAUAUUCUGAAUGAAAUCUCGCCACCACAAAAGAAUGCCUUGCCACGUAACAGCGAACAGCAACCAGCACCUACCACAGUAGUAGAAGGCGAGAAAGAGAAAAAAGAUGAGGCUUCUGUGCCAAAGAGUACAGUGGUCGGAAAUGACGAAGAGAAGACAGAACAGGCACCCGUACCACAGCGGGAUCUUUACGCUCUGCUCAAAGAGCAUCACUCGUCCAAUCCCAAGCUCGGCCAACUCUGGAAAGAAGUCAAUACGAUCCCGGAAUGGGUGGAUUGGGAUCAAAUUGCAAGGGGACAAGACGUGUUCUACAGAUAUGGUGGACCAGCUCUCACGGGUCUUACCUUUCAAUCGCUGCUAGGAGGCAUGGGCGCGGCACGCGUUGUGGAGACAUUGGCUCGCACCGGGGGCUUCAGCACCAAAGUUGCCAGGCGAAGACUAUUCGAGACGACCCAGCACGUAUUACAGUGUACAAGAACACUUGAAGGCAUAAAGCCAGGCGGCGAGGGCUUCGCAUCUUCGAUACGCGUCCGACUGUUGCACGCCGCAGUACGCCAGCGCAUCGUCAAGCUCGCACAUCAAAGACCGUCCUACUACAACCUAGAAGAGUGGGGCAUACCUGUCAACGACCUCGACCAAAUCGGCACAAUCGGUACAUUCUCUUCGGCCUUGAUCUGGCUGAGCUUUCCCCGACAGGGCAUCUUUCUAAGCAACCGUGAAAUCGACGAUUAUCUUGCUCUGUGGCGAUACAUUGCGUAUCUCCUGGGUACUCCCGACGAGUGCUUCACGACUCGGAACAAACAUCGGGCGGCCAUGGAGACGCUUUUCUACAACGAGGUCGAUCCUUCAGACAUGUCCAAGACCAUGGCCAAUAACAUCAUCUACUCCCUCAAAGAGGAGCCCCCGACAUUCGUUUCCGCAGACAUGCUCAUCGCCAGCGCACGCUGGCUAAACGGCAACGAGCUGAGCGACCGCCUCGGCCUCAAGCGUGUCUCACUAUACUACUGGUCUUUGAUGGCCGGCCAGUGCCUCUUCUUCAUGUUCUACUGCUACUUCUACAAACUGGUCCCCGCCUGGGAUGCCGACCACGUCGCGCGCGCCAAGGACAUAUUCUGGAAAGUGAUAGUCAAGGCCAAGUGGGGGCUUGCCGAUACCGAGACGACGUUUGACUUCAAGUACGUGCCGCAGUACGACACGCUGACGAAUCUGGGUGAUAUUGGCGAGGCGAAGUUGAAGACUUCUGGGCUGGAGAUGCGCAAUCUGAAGGCGUUUGGGAUCUUUGCGGGCGUGCUUGGUGUGGGGACGGUUGUGGCUGUCAAGGUGGCGGCGCAUGUUUUGGGGAAGAUGUGGUAG